AUGUCCCCCUGUAGCCGCCGCCACGCAACUAGCUACGACUUGCACGCGUCUUCUGUCGAAAAGUGGGACGUUCUUGUGUGGAAUAACCAGGUCAAUUCGUCACAUAACCAGGAUCUUGCUACCGACUCGUCCGCUCACCGUCAUGCUCAAUCUUCAUUGCCCAUGUCCGGCACACCGCGGGCGCACGUACCAAAUGAAGAAAUUGGCUCUUUCGCUGCUGGGACUCCCCAGCUCUCAUCCCCUACUCGUACCAACGUCCCUUGUUUUGCUACCAGUCCAUCGGCCUUUGGCUUCGGAUCCGCGGCCUCUCGCCCCCGCUCAAUCGCCCGUCGUAAAUCGUCCCACGGCCCAGCCGUCGAACCACUGCAUACCCGGCGUGAAGCGCUCUCCGCACUUCACCGGUCUGUCGAGCAGCAUGAUGCCGACUUUCUUGCUCGCAUGCGAGAGCUCGAGCAACGAUGUCAUUUGCUCCCUGAUUCCCUGACAGCAUUACGUUCUGAAGACCUGUCGUGUACUACGCGCGGCCGCAAGCGCGAUAUUGCCUCGUGGGAUGAAGAUAACGAUGUGGAAAUGUCCUCUUGGAACGAACGCCGCAGAAAGCAUCUUUCAUGGGGUGGCUCCUCCGGUCUAUUCGGCUCCAGUCUCCCUACUUGCGACUCGGACAAGACCUCUGUCCAUAGCUUCGAUGAUGAAUAUGUUCCUCCCACGGCUGCAGUGGAUGCAGAUUCAGGUUCAUCUUUAGGGGACGACGAAGAUGACGAGCUGGACAUUGUCAUUGUCCCUGGAGGCAGCGACCAUUCCCUGAGCUCCACCCCACCUUCGCUCUCUACCUCGCUUUCGUCCCUUCCCAUACAUUCAGGUCCCCAGUCACAUCCCAUUAACCCAUAUACCCCUUUGUCCUGCAUACCAACCAACAAAAAAGGCGUGGAAGAACUUACCGCAGCCAUGCAUGGCGGCGCAGGCAGCAUUGUCGAAUGGUCUGUCUCCUCGGAUGUUUCUGCUGAUGAGGCGCGCUACAUCAGUGCUGAAAAUGCCCAGGCUGGAGCUCUCUGGGCCUAA